CUGCUUGUGGGGAUUAUACACCAGCAAAUAGUGACCCUGCUUGUGGGGAUUAUACACCAGCAAACAGUGCGCCUGCCAGUGGGUGUUAGACGCUGGCCAUGACCUAUAGAGGAGAUGUCUAUUUCGUUCCCAUACUGUAUCCGUUUUUUCGUGAUUGCACAUGUUGGCAUGCUAUAAGUUUGAUAAGGGGCACUCCAUAUUUACUUACUGAGUUUAUCUCAUAGUUUUCCUUGUCCACCAUUUCAGGAAGUGAAACCGAGGACGGGGAAACCACGGGAAGUGACGAGUUAGAAGGCUAGCCAUAUUGUAAUUGGAUAUAAAUUUUAGAUAUGAAUCAUGAUCUUGUAUUUGGAGAUUUUAUGAUAUGAGAGCCAAUUUUAUAAUUUGAUCUUCAGAUUUUGAUGGUAUCAGAUUGUGAUAUGAUAAGUCCGAGUCUUGUGCAUUCGUGGAAUCCGUCUCACGAGUGUACGGCGUCUGUCACGUCCUCGGAUUUGGGUUCUGGGGCGUGAUAGGGUGGAGGAUUUUUGGCUUUGCUUUUGUCUUCCUUUCUGUUAUUUUCUGGGGGAGCAAAUUGGUCCAAGGAAUUCAUUACAGCACGAAAGCGUGAUGUGAAGUGUGAUGUCCACCAGUCUUAAUAAGCUUUAGUGCAGUUG